AUGGAAGACUUGUUCCGAGCCUACGCUCCCUAUCUUUAUCUCCAUCCCGACGAAGGAUACCUCCCCUCAUCGGUUAAUUGGUUCUUCAGCAACGGCGCCUUACUUUACAAGAAGGGGGAGGAGUCGAAGCCUCUCCAGAUCGAGCCAGAUGGGGCCAACCUCCCUAAGGGAGAUGAUCCGGACGGCUCGUACUGGAUUGACCUCCCGGCCGACAAGGGAAGCCGGGAUAGGGUUAGCCAUGGGGAUAUAGCAAGCGCGGAGGCGUACGUCCACUUCAAACCGGGCGUUGAGAAUGGGACAUUCACAGAUAUUCAGGUGUGGAUGUUUUAUCCUUUCAACGGUCACGCGACUGCGAAAAUAAAGUUUAUUAAGAGAGUGUCGCUUGGGAAAAUCGGCGAGCAUGUGAGCGACUGGGAGCACGUGACACUGAGAGUGAGAAACGUGGAUGGGGUUCUUGACAGAGUGUAUUUCUCCCAACACAGUGGGGGGAAAUGGGUUAAUGCUUCUGAGCUGCAGUUUGAAAGCGGGAAUAGGUUCGCAUGGUAUUCUUCGAAGAACGGGCACGCUGCGAAUAACGAGCCGGGGCUGUAUCUGCAGGGGCCCGGGGACGGGAUCGGGAUAAGGAAUGAUUGGGCCAAGAGCAACAAGGUGGUGGAUACAGGGGCGAGGUUCGUGCUGGUGGCGUCCGAGGGGGAGGCGGAGGCCGUGGCGGAGCCAGCGUGGCUGAGUUAUCAGAGCAAGUGGGGGCCCACGAAGGAGUAUGAUACGGCUGCGGAAGUGAGGAAGGUGAGGAAGUUUCUGCCGGGACCGUUGAAGAAAGAAUUGGAUAAAUUGGUGAAGGUGAUUGAUGAAGUUUAUGGGAUGGAUGGGCCCACGGGACCCAAGGUCAAAAAAAACUGGAGUGGCGAUGAAGCAUAG